AUGGCUUUAAGUCUAAACCCAUAUCCAAAUUCCAAAUUUCCAAUUUGGAGUCUACCCUUGAUCUGCUUGAUUGUUACUGCCUUUGCCAGCAUCUUAUUGUUCACUUGUUACAGGAUUGUAAAACAAAUUUGCUAUGGACAUCAUGGAGAAUCCUUUAGAAACUGGGUUCAGAGGCAACUUCUGGACGAAGCCAACCCUGAUGAUCCUUCUCAACAAUUCCAUAGUCGAGGCCUGGAUUCCUCCACUGUAUACUCGCUGCCCAUCGCCCAGUUCAAGAAGAAUGAAGGACCAAGCCAUAGCAAUACUGAUUGUGCAGUUUGCUUGGGUGAAUUCGAAGAAGGGGAGUUUCUGAAACAUCUACCAAACUGUUCUCAUGUCUUCCACAUUCCCUGCAUUGACACUUGGUUUGAGUCUCAUUCCAAUUGUCCCCUCUGUAGAUCACACGUCUAUGACUUCACCAUGGACAAUGAAUUCUCGGGUUCAAUGUAUACUUUGCUGGAGACUCUAAGGAGGGAAGAUUUCUUUCAAGAAUGGGUGGAAAAUUACCAAAUCCUUCGGGUUGAGAUCCUACAGACGUCCACACAUAGACAAGAGCCGGAAAACGGCAAUUGA